GACUAUAUAGUCGCAAAGGACCGUUUGGAGGUUUGUUAUAUGUUGCAUAUUCUGGUCACUUCCUUGUUUGUUUGUGAUCUUCCCCACGUUGUUUCGUAAAAUAUCUCUUCGUCAAUCUAGGAAAAGGAAGCGAGGCAUUUCCUUCGUCAGAUUGUGGCAGCUGUGGGCUACAUGCAUGAAAAGGGCUAUGCACAUCGGGAUUUAAAACCUGUAAGUGAAGCUAAAUAAACUCCGGGUACCUUGGUUUAUAAAUUUUUAAUUGAUUUUUUUUCGGGGGUCGGUACCCCAGAUCACCAAUUUUCAAAAAGCAGUUGGUGGGGUGUGAGGGAGGUGCAUGUGCAGAUCCCUCUAAACACAUGCAGACAGAUAUGGCGUCAGAUUUCCGCCAAUAUUCAUGUUGAUAUUAAUUCAACAUGUUUCCGUAUUGAAGUGAAUUUCGACAUUGAACAUAUCAAAUUCAGCAUGCCACUUUAAUUCAACAUUGCUUCAAUUUCAACAUGUUUCUCUCAUUGAUGUUAAUUUGAAUAUUGAACAUGUCAAAUUUAAGUGAAAUACAACAUUGAAGUAUAGAUAUUGAAGUAAUUUUCAAUGUUGAAGUUUCAAAACAUGUUGAAAACGCAUCACUACAUGAAUUUGAGAAGUGAAUAUUGGCGGUUAUAUAGCACGCGUUAAAUAUCCGCCAAUAUUAAUUAGCACUUGCUAUGGCGGCUACGAACGAGCGGAAUCAGUGAUGAAAAUCAUGGUGCACUGAACAUUAUUGAGGAUAUAAUAUCACGAUUAGACAGCUAGCCUUGGUGACCCAGAUUGUGUAGAGGGAUUGGCAAUACGAUUUGACGUUUUAAAGAGAUAUCUUGCUGGAUAGGGUUUGCAAAAAUUUAAACCAAUUUGAGCAGCGGCAGCGCUAUUCCGCCAUGAAUAACUCUGCAUUUCCAGCACAAGUUUAUGCCGUGGAAAACCUUCGUAGGUCCUUCGUAUGCUAUACACGAGGGGCAAUUGAAUUUUUUAUAGCGAAGUAAGCAGUAUGAUGGGUGUACGCAAAAUAACUUUGGAGCGGCGAAUGAGGUCAUUUGACACGAGUAUGUCAGGUAAGAAAGUUAUGGCUUAUACACAUCCUAUACAUGGCCAACACAGUGGUUAUGCAGCACUGUAUAUGUUAAACCCAAGUCGACAAACCUAGGGAAACUGAUGUAAAUGUAAUGCAUACAUGUAGAUGAAACCACAACUUCCUUGUGUGGGGAUUGGUGUUAGUGAAAAAAUCUAGACACUGACCUCUGAAUUGGCGAAGACUGAUCAGGUCAUUUGCGGUUUGCCGACCUUAAACGAGAACAGGACUGGAAAGCUCAGUUUUCAAUAAAAUUCAAGUUUUCAUGAAUUAAUCCAAAAUGCCAAGUUCCUGGAGUGGACGGACUGCCACCAACCGCCCUGCUGCCACUGACAUGGGCUUUUUAUGUCUGCUCAGCAGUGCAUUACUAUAAGCUAACCUUUUUCUUCAAACGGUAAAAAAUGAAGUGCAGAUGAAAGAUGUAAAUACCUAGGUAUUCUCGUUCUCAUUCUAUGCUGUAUACGUAGUUCUGUAUAAAACUUAAUGUGCAGUCAAUCAUAUUAAAUCCUGAUGAUAAGACGCUAUAUACACACUACGUGUUGCAUAUAUAAUUACUGUGUUGGCCGUGUAGGAUGUGCAUAACUUUCUUACCUGACACACUCGAGCCAAAUGACCGCAUUCGCCGCUCCAAAGUUACUUUGCGUACACCCAUCAUACUGCUUACUUCGCUAUAAAAAAUUCAGUUGCCCCUCGUGUAUAGCAUACGAAGGACCUACGAAGGUUUUCCACGGCAUAAACUUGUGCUGGAAAUGCAGAAUUAUUCAUGGCGGAAUAGCGCUGCCGCUGCUCAAAUUGGUUUAAAUUUUUGCAAACCCUAUCCAGCAAUUCCAAAGUGCAUGCAGAUGUCGUCCAUUCUAAUAUUUACAAGAUAUCUCUUUAAAACGUCAAAUCGUAUUGCCAAUUCCUCUACACAAUCUGGGUCACCAAGGCUAGCUGUCUAAUCGUGAUAUUAUAUCCUCAAUAAUGUUCAGUUUUAUAUCCACCAUAGUGCACCAUGAUUUUCAUCACUGAUUCCGCUCGUUCGUAGCCGCCAUAUAGGAAUAUGCCAGGGGGGAAGUUUAACGAAGUGUUAAUUAAUAUUGGCGGAUAUUUAACGCGGUGCUAUAUAACCGACAAUAUUCACUUCUCAAAUUCACGUAGUGAUGCGUUUUCAACAUAUUUUGAAACUUCAACAUUGAAAAUUACUUCAAUAUCUAUACUUCAAUGUUGUAUUUCACUUAAAUUUGACACGUUCAAUAUUCAAAUUAACAUCAAUGAGAGAAACAUGUUGAAAUUGAAGCAAUGUUGAAUUAAAGUGGCAUGCUGAAUUUGAUAUGUUCAAUGUCGAAAUUCACUUCAAUACGGAAACAUGUUGAAUUAAUAUCAACAUGAAUAUUGGCGGAAAUCUGACGCCAUAGACAGAAUGGAAUCUCUAUUUUCUAGCCCUCCGCAGAACGGACAUCUCAAAACAACGGACAGCGAACCAUUCCGUAGAAUGUUACAAAUAUAUUGAAGAGCCUAAACAAGUUUUAUAAGAAGUACGACUGAAAAUUAAUCUCAAACUAACCUCAAAUGAAUAAAGAGCGAUUCCCGUUUAAUGCCAGGAAUUUUUACUUCUCAAUUAAGACAGCAUUAAUGGACCCUUACCAUUUUCAUGUCGGAUCAAACGUAAGCCACGGCAAUCACAGUUGAAUGAAUGCAAUAAGAUCAAUUUAUUUUUAAUUUUAGGAAAAUCUUUUAUUGGACGAGAACCAGGUAAGUGAGCAUAUAACUGCUAUAAUAAUAUUUGCUUCACUGCCAUGUUAAUUACUAAGUUGCCAAACUCCGAAUUCCCGAGUGUAUGUUUAAAACGAAGGAAUAGGAACAAUAUACAGGAGGGUCUUCCAGGAAUAGGAACAAUAUACAGGAGGGUCUCCAGGAAUAGGAACAAUAUACAGGAGGGUCUUCCAGGAAUAGGAACAAUAUACAGGAGGGUCUCCAGGGAGUAUAUGUGCUUCUAUAUUCACUUUAAACGUUUUAUAUUGUUUCUUUGUUCCCAAAAGAAUUUCAACAUGUUCCUUUGUUCCUCAAUUGUUUCCUAUACGAUUUUUCGUCUUUGUUUGCGUAUUCCCAUUGCUAAGAAUAACUAGGAACCCCUUCGGAAAUUGGGACUCCCAUAUACAUGUAUGUAGGAAGACUAAGAUUUAGCGAACGAAGAUAUACAUUAAUAGUAGCGUCAAAUGAGUGGCAAGGAGUUCUAUUACAUUCGUUUUCAAAAUUACAGUACCUAUACCAAAAAUAAUCUUAGUUCAAAUCUCAAGCAUAAGUCACGCGAACUACUAAAAAUAGCAAACGUACCUAGAGAAGAAUUUUGAACCCAAGUAAGUUAAGUAUACAAACUAAAAGAAAUAACACACCAUCACAAUAGAAAUCUGUGUCGUGAAUUACUUUUAUCGUUUACAACUGAAAAAGAAUAAUUUAACCUCGAAUUUAACUGCGCAUCAAACCCGCUUGCGCUAGACUAUAGCGGUAUCAUUUUGAUUUUGUUGUGGCAGUAAUUUUCACUAAAAUAUCUUGAAAAUCCUUCUAAACGUUUUUAAUAUAAAACAUAUACAAAGCAAAUGCAUGCAUGUGACAUAAAACUGACAUGCCAACUCUGGCUAUGUUUGGCGUGGUCGCGUAAUUUUGAAAAUUGGUGUAGUAUCAAUUAUGUAAAUGAAAGUUGAAGAGUUAAGCUAAAGUUAAAAGUUAGGAUAAAACGACAAGCAAUUAUAAUAAAUGUGACCGGUGAGAUGACCAUGCAUGAGUGAGGUGAACGGUCGCAUAUGAAUUUUAGAAAGUAGCGUCCUAGAGUACUUAUUCCGAUUCAGCCAGCUUUCCCACUGUAAGUGUGUGAUAGAUAUAUCUCUCAUCACCAGGAUAUAAAACUUAUUGACUUUGGAUUGGUCGGAAAGCCAGAGGGAGGGAUGUCACAGCAACUUGAAACAUGUUGUGGAUCACCAGCCUACGCUGCGCCAGGUAGGCAUAUUAAGCUAUUUUUACCAAUUGUAUUAUAAUAUUUUAUAUCGGAAUACAGUAUUCAGUGACGUAACCGAGGGGUGUUAGGUGCUCAGUGCCGGGGGGUCCCCAAGCUUGGGGGUCCCCGACAAAAAUGACCAUAAAAUUUUUGCUAUUACAUUGGGUAAAUUGGUCCGAGCCUCAGUUGUGUGGGGGGCUAGAAAAUUUGCAACGGGUCACCCCCAAAAUCAGGAAUUGGUAAAAUUGUGAAUUUUGGACCCCUUUUUUACAUGUCAUAGUCCGGAAAAUUUUUUUUAACCUUUUUUUAAGGAAUCGAAAAAAUUUUAGUUUUCCCAAUUGGUCCCACUUAAAAAUUUUACGGGGGCCUGACGAGGUUCCGUUACGCCACUGACACUCAGAUUGUCCACCGCUCAGAGUUGUUGCCAGGAGACAAUCGAAUUUCGUGACUUUCACGUGAUACGCUCUCGUCCAAUGAGAUGCAAGAAAACAUUAACUUCGACACUUGGUAUAUAAUAAAGAGUUUUAAUGUCUUGACAUUCUUUUAUAAGGGAUUUUGUGAGAAUUAAUAUAUCGAGCAUUAAUAAAUCGAUUAUUAUAAUUUUUUUUCCGGGGGCUGUCCUCCUUUCUGUAGUGGAACCGACUUUCCUCUAAUGUUUGCGAAUGAGCUAUAUAGAUGUAAAGCAUUUGAACAAAGUCCCUUUUCGGGAUUGGCUUUUGUGCCACACUACAAUACCAAAGAAAGAAUAUAUAUUUUUAUGUCCAAAUUUGUUUGGAAAUCUACCAAAAAUGGUGUUUAAGAGUCGUUACAUAAUUGCAAAGUAUCCAUUGCCAUGUUAGGUUAUUUCUUCAAGAGAAUGUUUGACGUUUUCAAUGCCUUAAGCCGGUUUUCCACUAGCGAAUUUUCUCGCGCGAAGCGACCUUUAUCCUUUGUCGGUAUCACUUAUUACGUCAGCAAGAUGUGGCAAAAUGGAUGCCGACAAAGAGAAAAGGUCGCUUCGCGCGAAACAAUUCGCUAGUGGUAUACCGGCUUUAGACUAUAUUUCCUGCGUUUCCUGAUAAAUAUUCCUGGGUAAAUAACAUGUAAAUUCGCCACAGUUUCUCAUUAUUCUUUCAAUCAAUGGUGGCGUCGAAGACGGAAGACAGCUCUAAAAGGGUCUGGGGGAAUUGUUUAUUCGCACCAUUUAAUAGUUUUGUUUGUGGAAACACCACUUAAAUUUAUUACUGCAAAGCUUUCGAUCCGUAAGCCCGGAUCUUCUUCGAAAGCUUUGCAGUAAUAAAUUUACGUGGUGUUUCUACAAAGAAAACUAUUGAAAACUAAAUGUUUUAUCGCCAUGCAAACUUACAAAGAACUUAUUGCACCCAUUUGUUUAUCUCUUUUCGAUAUAUUACAUGCAUGCAUCUGUUCUGGAUCAAAACUGGACCGACAAUAUUAAUACCAUGAACGUUUCAGGACCGACUUUUAGGACUGAUUUAAUAAAAAUCACCCUUGCUUCCCCCCCCCCCCUGUAGCUGUGCUGAAUGACUGAAAGUCAUCAUUGAGUCCAGCCCUGACCACCAAGAUUACAUACGGUGUUUGGUCAUGCAAAACGUCUUGUACAGUCUUUAUGAAACGCUGCGUUUCAGUUAGUCAGUGAGAAGUAUAUUUUAUUCGUUAUAUGAAUCCUGCUUUGAAUUUUAGUAUUUUUUUCAUUUUACAUCGUAUAUCGUGCUUAUCAAAUGCUGAACGAAUUUUUAGUACAGUAUUUAAUAGCACAUAGACUAUACAUAGCUCACAUUUAAUUGUGAUAAAAUAAUUAGGAGAAACAUCAGUUCUUAUAUUUUUUAAUUAUUUUAAAUUAAUCUUCAUUCUUUUGCAGAAUUAAUAUCUGGUGUUCCGUACUUUGGCAACGAGGUAGUGUUUAGUUUUUGCAUAAAUCUUACAUGAAAUUAUGUUGGAAUUCAUCAAUGUUAAUCGUUAAAACACACAGAAAUUUUUCUGGGUGUCUGACUGCAUUUUGAAGGAGCGUAUUUGCUCAUUGCCACAGGCAGUAUACGAAACAAAUUGGGAAGAACUAUAAGACUAUAUAGCACAUAUCUUGAAACAUAAACAUGAUAUAAAACAUGCUAACUUUAAACCAUGUUUUACGUCGCAUUCGAUUACAUUUUAUGCUUCAAACGUAUUAAUUUCAUUGGUAAAAGAGACAGAAUUAUUUAGAGAACAUCAUGUUUCUAUAUAAAUACCGAUUGGUUUAAAAUCGAACCUGAACAGGAAACCAUCUUAGCAAAUAACCAUGCAGAAUGCAUGUAGAUUAACUUGACGCUCUGCAUGCUUGUCCGUGUUGCGUGCAGUAGUAAAGUUUGCACGAAUUGUUUUCAGGCCAGAAAUUUCUAAUUUGGUAUUCUGGUACAGUUGACUCGAACAUUAAAAGUCAAAUAUUGCUUUCUAUAAUUUUAAAUUCAUAUAUCUGUUUCUAGGCAGACCUAUGGAGCCUGGGUGUCCUGCUCUAUGCUCUCUUGUGUGGGUUUUUGCCAUUCGACGACGACAAUACUUACAAUUUGUACAAAUCAAUUCAAGUAAGUUGUACAGUACACUCUAAACACACUUUAAUUGGCAAAAGUGUUCCUGCUGGACCUAGAAAUAACUCUAUAUAGGUUAUGUUUCGGGUUAAAUUUAGUCGUUAAAUUUCCUUAUUUUAACCUGGUUAUAUUUGACCUGCAUGGGCUUCCAAGUGAAAUUAACCAGACUACAAUUAUGCUACGUUGAUAGCUACCCAGAGGCUCCGAUUGCAUAUUACCUGACAUAGUCUGCCGGUUAUUUUAACAAAGACGUCUUGGUGAAAUAUAACCAGAUUCCUGGUUACAUUAACCAGAUUGUGGUAAGAAAUGAGAUCAAAUAACCAGGAAAUUUAACCAGGAAUAUUAUAAGUUAGUCCAAAGCAGUGGCGGAAAUUCAUUUUUCCGGUGGGGGGCAAAGCCUCCUAAAUUUCCGACAAAACGUUCAAAUUUCCGACAUACCCCCCAUUUGCACUCGAAAAGACUGUUUUUAGCCCUCUUUUAGAUCAAAAUUUCCGAAAAUUCGUCAAUUUUCCGGAAGGUGGAGGGGGCGGCGCCCCCCCCCCCCGCCCCACCAAGAUUUCCGCCACUGAUCCAAAGAGUGUUGUUUCUAGGUCUAACCAGGAGAUUUUAACCAGAGCUUUUCUACUUUACAAGAUUUGCCAGACACAACAAACGUAAAUAACACUAAAAAUUAAAAAACAUACAGUAAUGGCAGGGGCUGAUCACAGAGAUAAUCUCUCACAACGGAGUUCAAGUGCAUGCAUUACUCUGCAUAGGCGGAAGAGUGAUCGGGGCCGAGAAAGCGCUAGUGCUGAAGUUAGGCGCAAAAAUAGAAAGAAAGGAUAGCGAAAAUGCUAUCGGAUAGCGAAAUUAUAAUAGUUUGGCGUGUAUUCAUAUCGUCCGAUUUGCAGUUUUAAUUUAACCUUUACUUGAUGCGUUAAUUUAGAAAGGAGAGUAUGAAAUACCCGACUUUUUAUCCAAAGGUAAGUGUUCUUAUUUAUGUAUUAUGUUCAUAUUAGAAACAGAAGUUACUUUAUGUGACGCAGGAGUUAGAUAACACUGCAAUUCAUGCCUGUAGAUUUUAUUUUCGUAGAUUUUAUUUUCAAGGUUAUUUAGCUAGUAUAGCUCAAGGUUCGGAUAGCUAGCCAAUCAUUUUCAGAAGUUGUUAGGACACUUGUUGUUUUAGACCAUCAGUGGAUAUAUAUGAAUAUUUAUUACAAGCAAUUAUAUCCCCCUCGUCUUCCCUCUCCCUAUUCAAUGUUUGUUUACCCGAUCACACAACCAAAGUAAGAUGUUAACUCAAUAACUGAGACCCAACAUUGAAAGGUGGGUGGAGGAUAGAUGUUUUUCAAAAUAAGAGGCAGUUAUGGCAUCUGUCCAAUCACAUUUGUAAUCUUAGUACCUUCAAAUUAUUUGGAUUUGGAAAACACAUUUUGAAUUUGGAGUUUGCCCCGUAAACUAUGUAGGUAGGGGUUGUUCCAAAUAGCUCCCUAUUUAACUUUGCUGUAUCGAAUUUGUUUGGUGACAUUUUGUUAUGUACCUAAAUUUAUCGACAUUGGUUCACAAAUGUUGUUACUGCUUGUAGGUCUUGAUAAUUGCUAUAAGCUGUAUAGUAUUUUGCUUAAUUUGUAUGAUUCCAGUAAUUUCUCGGAUGUUAUUUUUAAAAAAAUCAUUCAAUUUAUGAUAAAAGGUUACCUUUAGUUAUUUUAUUUUUUAGGAAGUAUCUCCUUGAUUGGCAAAUUGUUGCAAGUAAGUUAUCUUCAAGUUGUUGCAAAACGGUUUUUGCUUCAUUCACGUGUGGAUUUAUUCGGUGAGCUUAAUAGUCAUGCUGUGUGUAAUAUAGGUCGAUCGAUACAAAGUGGAACGAAAUUUAGCACCCCUUUCUUUUGAUUACAUGUUAAAUUAAAUUCAAAUAUGACUUAAUCAAAGAUUUUGAAAAACUUUGACAAAGGGCGCCAUCUUUUUCACCACAUCAAGGAAAAUAUAUUGCCACGCCCACGGUAGUGGUCUUGAGAAUGGUACCAAUUAUAUAGUAGUCGUUCCAUGGCACCUUAUACUUUUAAUGAAGGGGUUAAUGGAUAUUCAACUUUGAGUUCAAAUUUCUCGAAAUAUAAAUUAUACAGUGUUUCUGGCCAAGUGCAUGAGCUUGGCAAAACAACCUUAUUUGCUAAUUUUCAACAUUCAUUGCAAUGCAAUCCUAAAAACUGGUGUAGAAUUUCGCACGUUAAAGUUCUUUCUAUUACUCCAUAAAACUGUUAUAUUUUUAAAACUAUAGUUCAACGUUUGUGGUCAGGUUUUUCUCGAAAAACGUUUACUUUAUACUAAUAAUACUGAUUUUACGUUUAGACAGAUCCUAAACAACGGUUGACUGUCAAACAACUUUUUAUGCAUCCAUGGUUGAACAAAGGAUAUGCUAAUCCUGUAAAUUCAAAGGCACGAGUAAAGGUAUGGUCUUAUGCAGAAUUUUGAAAGGUCUUUGUUCAAUUGUGUUGCUUUUUUGUACACCGAUCGUGGUUUCUGUUUGUACAUUAACGUCAACGUAGUUCUCUGCAUUAACUCCAAGUAUAUAUCGAUAUAUUUUACGGUGGAAUAAUGUUAACCAAUAAAGGCGCUCAAGACUAUAACGAUUAUAAUAUUCCAUGCACUUGGUUAUGACUGAAAAUUUUAAAUUUUUGAUACGUUUCUCAAACGGCAAACAAACUAAAAAGUAUGUUUAGUGCUUUAUCUGUAAAGUAAUGCUAAAAUGAAGAGAUUUUGGAUGAUAUUCCCCCAAGAGAAAAAGAUGUCUGAAGUUCGGUACGUUUAUAUUGCUGUUAUAAACAUGGCGUCAAUUUUAAAGCAUCUUGAUAAGUGUACUUUAAUUUACAAUUUUUGCAAUUAUUUGUUUCUCCUCAACUGGCAGAUGCAUUUAAAAUGGGUGCUAACUGUGUAAACUAGAAAAUAAAGUUAAAACAAAGUAUUUUAGAGAGGUACGCCAAAACGUUUUGCAUGAACGCUUUUCAAUGCAAAUACACAACAUAGAAAAAAAUUGCCUAUGUUUCUUUUAUUUUCUCUUCUUAUCUCUACCCAGAAAGAUGAACCUGACUCAGAGGUUAUUAAAGAACUCGCUUUAUUCUAUGGCGUAUCACCCUCCACCAUGACGUCUCUUGUUAAGGAGGUAACUGACAACUUCGUUUCUUAUAUAUUUUAACGUUUACCUGUUUUUAAACGUUUACCCAUAGUCAAGGUACCGGUCGUUAUUUAUGGGGGGGGGUGGAGGAGGGGGCACCGAAGAGAAAAAGGAACGACAUUUUGAAUAAAUGAAUGAAAGAUUGUGUAAUUGAAAGACAAAACAACUCAAGGGUAGGGUAAUAAAAAUUGGAGACUAGAAAGCAAUCAUGUCAACAGUCACAUGUCAAUACAAUAUGGAAAUCAAUUAAUCAAUCAAAAUGGUGUUUCCAAAGAAAGUGCAUGUGCAGACGGCAUGAAACAUUACACUGGUAAAGGUCAUUUGUGACAACUGAAUUAACGGUAUCCUUUUGAAAAGCUUUUGUUGGCCAGGAGUGGGUAUUUACUUUUUAAUUGAUAUCCGAGGUUGACUUUUUAAUGAUUGGAUCAGCACAAUUAUUACCAAGAAAACAAUUUUCUUCGAUGCCCCCCCCCCCCAUAAAUAAUGACCGGUCCCUGAGAAGGGUAUCACACAAACACUGAAAAUUGAAAAUUGAAAGUAAAUUACUGCAUUUUCCUUAUAAUUUUUUCACUUUAGUAAUAGUUUGUGUAAUUGGAAAGAAUGCAUGGAGGUCACCGUGAUUUUUCCAAAUACAUACAUGAGGCAAUAGACUAUUUUAAAGUCAAUUAGAUGCGCCGUGUUGCCGUAUCGCAAAUGACAAGAGGUUAAAAAAUUAUUCAAAACGCCGUACGAGGUCCUACGGUCGAGGUUCUACAAUUAACUUGGUGUACGUUUCAUCGAUGUUAACGUACGAUUUUCUAUAACCUAGUUUUACCCAUGUUCUCUGUUGCAUUUAUUUCCUGUAAGAAAUAAAAAUGUUUCGCGAGCGCGCCUACAAGUAGCAAAUUCCUGUCAACUCAGGUACUAACGGUCUAAACAACGUAUUGUAAUACGAAUGUGUGACGAUUUGCUGAAAAGCAUGGAUAACGGAGAAUUAAAUUGUGUAGUUUUCCUUGACGUUAGAAAAGCCUUUGAUUCCAUAAAUCACGAGAUACUGUUAGACAAAAUGCAUAAUUUCUUCGGAAUAACGGGAACUCAAUUAAAAUGGUUUGAAUCAUAUUUGAAUAAUAGAGUACAGCAAUGUUUGAUUAAUGGACAACUUUCGAGUCCGAAAACGAUUACAUGUGGAGUUCCCCAGGGGUUUAUCAUGGGUCCUUUAUUAUUUUUAUUAUAUAUAAAUGACAUCCCUGAUCCAUUAAGCUACUCAGUUUCAUCCCUCUAUGCUGACGAUACAGAAAUAUAUGCUUCCUCUAACAACUGUGAUGGCCUUGUAGAUAAAAUAAAUUUUGAUCUUCAAAAUAUACAUAAAUGGAUGAUUGAAAACAAGCUUCAGACGCACUCUAAUAAAUCUAAACAUAUGUUCAUCCAAUUGGAUCAUCCUAUAACCUUAAGAAUAAAAUAACUAGGAAACCUAUUCUAAUUAAUAAUCAACCAAUUCCCAGGACAGAUAGUUACUCGUGCCUAGGCGUGAAUAUGGACGAAACAUAUUCAUAAUAUAUGUUCAAAGGUUGGUGCUGGUAUUGGUGGAAUGAGAUAAAUUAAGCCUUUUGUCCCACUACCGACACUAAAAAUGUUGUAUAAUGCCAUCGUGCAGCCUUACUUUGAUUAUUGCUGUCCGUUAUGGAAUAAUUGCGGUAUUGGAAUUAAAAACAGGCUGCAAAAAUAUCAAAAUCGGGCUGCAAGGGUAAUUACUGGGGCAAACUAUGAUGUUCGAUCGGCUGAUUUACUUAAAAACUUAAGGUGGGAACCCUUAGAAGUAAGACGCAACUACUUGAAAGCUAUUUUCGUGUAUAAAAUAAUUAAUGGCCACACCGCACCUAAUCUAAAAGAAUCGUUUCGAUCAAACAACGAAAUAGAUAAUUCUUACAAUCUCAGAAAUAGAGAAACUGACUUAGCACUUCCAAUGCCAAAGAAAGAAUUCGGCAAGAGGUGCUUUAACUAUAAUGGGGCCUCACUGUGGAACAAUCUUCCCCAGGAGGCAAAAAAUUCAGAAUCGUUAAGCUCUUUCAAAACAAUUUUGAAUCAGAGAAUUUGUUGAAUCUGGCUCAUCAAAAUAUAUUAACCUCUAAGUAGUACAACUGUGCUAUUAUUCACUUGUUGCUAAUGUGUUUUAUCCUGUAAAUAGUUCUAAAUCACGCCCUUCAUGAAAAUCAGUUUGUAAUGUUGUUGAGGCUAGCGUGAAUAAAUAAAUUUUGUAUGUAUGUAUGUAUGUAUGCGUUAAGUGUGCGUUCCGUACGUUUCCUUGGUUACUGCAUGGGCGUACACCAAACAUUUUUCGGCAUACAAUCGUACGUCCGUACUCCUAUUUUAAAGCCUGUUUUCCACUUCAACCGUUAUCGUAACGUACCGUAGCAUUUCAUUUUGUGUCGAAGUCAUUUAGUUCCACACUACCGCUCAGGAAACAAAGAAAUACGCUACUUUCGGUACGAUACGAUUGAAGUGGAAAACUGGCUUUAAUCUCUUGUGAAACAUAAAAUCUCAAGUGUUAUAUUUCCUUGAUUUUUUUAAAAACUGUAGCGACCACCGUUUUAUAUAUUUAAUAAUACAGUGCAGAAUUAUAUUGUGCUAACAGGGUAUUUCUAUUUUCCCCCCCAAAAUUAGUAUCAAUUUGACGAUUUAACGGCUACUUAUUUUCUGCUGUGUAAGAAGAAAAGUCAUGGGGAACCUCUAAAGUUUACGAACAGUUGUAUCAAGUAAGUAAAUCAGUCUUUGGUGGUUUUAUUGUGAACUUGUGUUUUCGAUAGGUUGCUCAUACCAUUUCGCAGAACGUGUAACUUUAUUGCAUGAACAUAGUUUAAUUUAUUUCCACUCUUUUCUAUGAAACCAGAGCGCAGCGGAGGAAGAGGAAAGACAUGUUAGCACUCGAGGUGUGUGUUUGUUACUUAGCUACAUUUGAAUUCUAAAGAGACACCUUUCAGACAAAUUUAAACAUGUCCAUGCAGUGGUGGAAAUUCACUUUUUCCAGUGGGGCGGGGGGGGGGGAAGCCUCCUAAAUUUCCGACAAAACUUUCAAAUUUCCGACAACCCCCCCCCCAUUUGCACUCGAAAAGGCUGUUUUUAGCCCUCUUUUAGGUCAAAAUUUACGAAAAUUCGUCAUUUUCGCGAUUUCCACCACUGUGUCGAUGAAUAGAGAUUUGUCUACCCAUACUUCCAGUAAGCAAUAUCCUGCAUAGGAAACAGUCAGUCGGUUGGAGGAAAGGCAAAAUAAGCACACACAGUACUGCAGUGCAUUGCCCUUGAGCAUGUACGCGUACUGUUCUAGACAUACUAUUUGAAUACAUAUCAAGGCCUAUGAUUCCGAACAAAGGAACAGAUAACAAACUAAAAGACUAACAAACUCAAGCAGCGAAUAUAAAGUGAUGGACUUUAGUCCUCGCAGAGUAUAUUUUUUUAUUUUCAUGCAACAGGUUGAGAAAAAGAAUGCGUGUCAUUUUUAAGUAUCUUGCUAUUGCUUCAAUAUUUACGUUGCUGCAAUGCUUAUUGUAUUUGCAUUCAUAGGCAAAUAAAUGUUGCGUUAUACGAUUACGAUUAGCAUUUCUAUAACGCAAAUUUAUAUAUGGAUAUGAUCAAAUGCGCUUUACAUCAAGUAUUAUACGGAGUACCUAAUUUACAUUAUUACAUACUCAGCAUAGGCUAUUUUGUCUUUACAACAAUUUACAACCUUACAUUCCAUUGCGAGUUAUAUGGGUGUCUGUAUUUCAGACACUCUUAUAUUGGAUUUGAGUGCCCACCCUAACAACGUUCCCUGUGGGCGGAAACCGGAGCACUCGGAGAAAACCCACGACUUUCGGCAGAGCGUUACUCGCUAUUCACUCCAUGCAGUCCGCAGCGAGAAUCGAAUCUACGAACUCAGAAGUGAAAUGCACUUGACAAAAUCACAUAAGUCUACGACUACGCGCCACCGCAUUCCUUACCCUUAUGUUUUAUUUGUAACUUGUUAAAUAAUUAUGUUGUGUAUUUUUAUAGAAAAAGAUAAGUGAAUCAAGGGAAAACAUAGAGAACGAAAUAUACCAUGACAAUCCACCUUCGAUCUUAGUUGAUGACGAAGACGACGUUUUCUCAGCUGAUCUUCGCGACUUCAGAAAACCAAGAGCAUGUACUCUUCCCCCUGAAUUUAUGGGAACUCCUCCAAUUAAUGAAAUGCCAAGUGCUACACGUACGUCACCUCCUAGAACUUUCCUGACUCCUUCCCUUCCAAAGAAAGGUCAGUACUUUUAG